AUGGACAACAGCGGCCUCUCCGGGUCGCGUGCUCAGUCGGACUCGCAGUUCCGCGAGUGGCCUCCGCUUGUGCACGACUUUGACGAGAAGGAGCGGCGAAUGGCAGAGACGUUUGGGCUGUACUGGUCCAACAUGGCGCGUUACGGCGAUCCAAACCACAACCUGGGACCCGACCAGGCAACGUGGCCCGCAUACACGCCCGCCUACCGCUCCUGGGCGUCCAUGACAGUGCCUGUCGCCAUCAACACCCAGCUGGAGAAGGCAAAGUGCGACUUUUGGCAGUCCAGAUACACCAAGUACUACUUUGACGGCAUGUGAUGCUGUGUGAUGUGAUGGUUGUGUGGUGACUCUUCUUCUGAACUUGCACCUGUUUGCUUGCUCGUGAGCGUGUCCCCUCAAUGUGUUGUUGUGUGUUGCGCCAGCACAGUGUGAUAUUUCUUUGCUUCGUCCAUGCCUGCCUCCCUCUCCUGCUUCCAUCGCUUGUCCCAUGCGUUGCCCUUUCGUUAGCUCUGAUGAACGCCGUUAAUGACAACCACACAACUCGUCAGCUUUGUUUCUCCCCUGCUUGUCGACCAUUGAAACUCAUGUGAGGACCAUCAUCCUGCCACAGCUGUUGUUGACUGAAGUACCAUCACUGUUUUCUUCAUGUGGCAAACAAACUGAAACCAGAAAAAGCC